CAGUCAAGCGGUUACUUCACACUCCAGUCCUGUUGGUGGCGGUAACGCGCCAAAAGUCAAACUCAAAACAGGAAGAAGAAACUGAUAAACAAUUGAGAAGGAGCAGCUAUUUCGUACAUCUGUGACGAUGCGGAGCCAAUUUCUGUGGAUUCCUGCUGUUGUCUGAGGGGAGCCAUGAUUUCAGUCAGCUACAUCCUGCUCUGCGGACAGUUCCUGCUGCUCUUUGCUGCGAUUUUGUUGCAAUGUCUGGAAGGAAUUCACUCCCAGAACUCGAGCACCGCAGCUUCCACCGCUGCUCCGGCUGCUUCUCCCACACAGGGAGCCUCCUCGCUGCCCUCCAGCGAGCUGCCCGAGCUGACGAAGUAUGAARCCCCGGCGGAGAACAACACAGAGCCGUAUGAGUACAGGCCCCCGUCCCCGGUCGUCCUCUGCAGCCAUCUGCCUGAGGAGUUCAUCUACUGCCAGGAUCCGGUGGACCAUGCAGGAAACUACAGCGCCUACCAGGAGAUGGGCCACGGCUGCGUUGGGUGGGGYGGGCAGACGAAGAAGGAAGUGAACCACACCCAGGUCAUCUGCACCGCCCUGGACGACAUCGAAUGUGCCGGAUCCCGGGAGUUCCUCCGAGGCGACGUGCCUUGCAUCAAGUACACGGGCACAGCCGUGGGGAAGCUGCUCACCCUGGGAGGCCUGGGAAUCUGGUGGUUCGUGGACCUGAUUUUGCUCAUCACCGGCGGUCUGAUGCCCAGCGACUACAGCAACUGGUGCACCUACUACUGAGGCGGGCGGUGUCAGCCUGCAGGGGGAGAGGAGUGUGGGCUGUUUCUGAGUGGAACCCCGAGGCCUCUGGGGGACUCUAGGGACMGAGUCCACAAGAUGAGGGACAACGUGUCCUUUUGGAGCUGUAGAGGAGCAGCAGUUGGUGUUUUCAUGACUAUUGGUUCAUUAUGCCCUCAAUCAGCCAAGAAAAUGGUUUGGUCUAUUUUCUAUGUAUUUAAGCUAAUUUAUUUACAACAAAUAUGGACAGAAAUUACUCUUAUUUUAAGGUUCUACUUCAUAAAUGUACUGUUUGUAAAUUUCAACCUGAAUUCAGGAUGUAGUUUAAAGCCAUGUGUCCUGAAGUCUGAUACCUGUGACCAGUUGUAAAAAAAUAAUCUUUUACCACAAACAUGUUGCUUUUAUAUAUAUAUUUUUUUUGUUUGUUUGUUUUUGUUUUUUAUGUGUGUGUUUACGCCCAGAGCUGUAUCAUUUGAACAGAAAAGCAACAAAUAUUCAUACUGUUGCUAUGACAUUGCUUUUACUCAUUUAACUUUUUUUUUUAUAAAUCUUGGACUUAAAAUAAGUAAAUAAAAUGUAGCAGAAGCACCUAUUAAUUAAUAUAAGAUGUAUUUUAUUCAUCCCAGAAUUGGGAAACUACUGUGCAGCAGGGCAUACAGAAAACGCACAAUAAGCUCCACAUAAGUAAGAAUGAAAUGUAGAAUACAAUGUAAAUUUCUAUACAACAAAAUACUGCUGUCAUAAAAUGCAUGGUAAAGCGACGUAGACUCUCAGUUGCUUUCACUUGAACUUUACCAGUGGAACAAUCAAACAACUCUAAACACUCUUAUAGAGUGUUUAGCUCUGCAGACGGCAUCAAUGUUAUUUUACCUUGAAUUUAGUAAAUAGUGAUGGAUGGCGCUCGCGUCGCCUCCUCUGGUUGCUGCUGUCCGUAAACACAUUUUGCUCAUAGAACACYGUUAWUCCGCAAAGCUGCCGUCUGUCUUCUCCCUUCCCACGUCGCAGUCUUCAUUUCUUUAGACGGGGCGACUGGGAGUCCGGGGUAAUCRGCAAUCAUCGAACUUUCAUAGCUAGCAGCUAAACAGAGGAAUCUGAUCAGAAAAAAAAUCRGAUACCACAGGAACGGUGGGUUUGAAACCGUGACUUUUUCAUUUUGCGGUAUACCCACUAGACUAGAAGCUCAACCUCUCUUGGUUUCCAAGGUUACUACAGAAAGUUUGAAUUUGCCAAAUUGAGACAUGACCAAAAUGGAUUGGGCUGCGGUUCUGCCUGCUCUGACCCAGCCAGUGACCUCGUGUUCACCGCAUCUGCUUAGUUUGGAUUAAGUAAAUGUGGACUGUUUUCUUUCUUUCUUGGCGUCACGUCACAUAAAUGAAAAUUUCAAUGCCAAA